AUGGCCCCUCUAGUUUUUAAGACCGCCAUAUCUCCACCUAUCCCCGCUACAUUUCAAAUCCAGGGCGAGCCAAACCAGGGAGUGAUACAGCUUGGAAUAUUUACAAUAGCUUUAAAUGUACCAAAAGGUUUUAGAGUUAAUACACUAAGAAUUGUUAUUUAUACUAAUUUUCUCCUUAAUUUCAUUAUCCACAAAAAAUCUUUUAAUAAUGGUUUUUCUCCAUCUGUAAAACAUGUAAGAUGUCAGAAAUGCCUGGAAUUUGGGCAUUGGACUUAUGAAUGUACAGGAAAAAGAAAGUACCUACAUAGGCCUUCAAGAAGAGCAGAACUAAAGAAAGCUUUAAAAGAAAAAGAAAACAGAUUAUUAUUACAAGAAAGCGUUGGAGAAACUACUGUAGAAAGAAAGAUCAAGAAAAAAAGGUCUAAGAGUGUAACCAGUUCCAGUAGCAAUAGCAGUGACAGUUCAGCCAGUGAUUCUUCAUCAGGGAGUGAAGAGCCGUCUAUCUCGUCCUCCUCAGAGGACAGUGACUCUGAUGAAAGCUCCUCCAGUUCAUCAUCUUUAGCCUCCUCCACAAGCUCUCCAUCGUCCUCUGAUGCAGAAGAGAUUCCAGCUCUUCUAGUAAUAGCAGCAGCACAGAGUAGCUCUGAGGAUGAACCACCAAAGAAGAGGAAAAAGAAAUAG